CUCUCAUUUGUCAUUAGGAGUUUCUCUUUUUUGUUCACUGGUCUUUGCCCUUCUUCUUUUCAAAUCUUGCAGAAAAAGCCAAUUCUGCAUAACAGUUGCCUUUCACGCUUCCAACCAUCUUCUUUAAUUCCAGCCYUUCCCUCUCUCUCUCCUUUAAUUUAAUUACUUUAUCUUGGAAAUCAUAUGUUCUUUAAUACCAUCAUUACUCUACACUUCUCCCUCUCCUUCUCUCUCUCUCUCUCUUCUCUGAGCUUUCUUUUCUUUACUUUUCCGUCUUUUCUGAUUUCUCCGGCCGCUCUCAUGUCACCGCCGGCGAGGAGCAAGAGCUGGAACGCCGGCCAAGACAAGCAUUAUCCGCGGGCGCUGGCCACUCACGACGAAGUUAUCUCCGACCCCAUUGUUUUUUGGGACACUUUGAGACGCUUCCAUUUUAUGAUGAACACAAAGUUCAUGAUUCCUGUGAUUGGAGGGAAGGAGCUAGAUUUGCAUGUUCUAUAUUCAGAGGUUACCAGAAGAGGCGGCCAUGAAAAGGUUGUCGCAGAGAAGAAAUGGAGGGAAGUGGGAAGUGUUUUCAAGUUCUCUCCGACGACGACGAGUGCCUCAUUUGUGUUGAGAAAGCAUUAUCUAAGUCUUCUUUACCAUUACGAGCAAGUUUACUUGUUUAGCCGGCAAGGCCCCAUCUGUGUUCCUCAAGCGCCAUUUUCUUUUGGUAGCCCUUCCAGUGAAAACGAAUUGGCUCUGGUGGAAUAUACCCCCAAAACCACGUCGUUUUCCCCUGGUCCGCCUGCUGAAGUUACUGGAACAAUUGAUGGGAAAUUCGACUGUGGUUACCUGGUGACUGUGAAAUUGGGAUCUGAAGUUCUGAGAGGAGUACUUUACCAUCCGGAGCAGCCCUCCCCAUCCAAUCUACGACCCCAAUCAAUCAAUGCCAUUGUACCAUACACCGGUGGCAGGCUUCGACACUCCGGUCGACGGCAUCGGAGGAGCCGGAGAAAGGGAGACCCGAACCACCCGAAACCGAACCGAAGUGGGUACAAUUUCUUCUUUGCAGAGAAGCAUUACAAGCUGAAAUCUCUGUACCCAAAUAGAGAGAGGGAGUUCACCAAGAUGAUUGGAGAGUCUUGGAAUAACCUCAGCCCUGAAGAGAGGACGGUUUAUCAGAACAUUGGGCUGAAAGACAAGGAAAGAUACAAGAGAGAGUUGAAAGAGUACAAGGAGAAAAUGAGGCAGGCAACUGAUAUUCAUGAACCUAACUAUUCAAAACAUGGAGAGUGAGUAGCAGAGGAGGAAGAAGAGAAUUCAGCAGUUGAUUCCUUUUUGGGCUCUACUAAAGUUAUAUGAUAUAUAGACUUUGUAUCAUAAUCUCCUAACUUUACAUGGUAAACCAUAGGUUCUCCUCAUAUCCAAAGUGGUUUGGUCACAAGUUUUACAACCACUGCUGCUACAAUCUAUAAAGUUCACUCUUGGAACUGGCA